GCUAACACUUAUGAAAUAGGAGAUGAGUCGACUACAGCAGCUCAUCGAAGACUACAACGUGCGGACGUACAACCCUCGCGGUCUGAACAUCCUUUGGCCACGCAAGGUCGCCUUCCUCUUCGUAUGUGCCUCUCUUCGUUGCUUUGUUGUUCCGUGCUCACCUAUAGGACCUCUGGUGUCGCAGCUCGAGAUUGAGUACUACUGAUUCCCAUGCACGUAUGUAUUGUUAUUACCCUCGCCUCGGUCCAGCGGCUGGAUGCCGCUACCGCUCGUUCCCUCACUUCACUAGCCCUCACCUGCAAGCACCCGGACUCGUAUCGCUUCUGCUCUGACGCCCCCACGUACAUCGCAUUCCCAGUUCACAUACGAUAUCCCGGACCUGCUAUUCCUACACACAGCUCGUCUAAUGCCCCCGCCUCGUCGACUUUGGUGUCAUAUACACUGCUCUCUACGUCUCUGGCUUUCUCGUGUAUUCUAUGAGUGGUUUGACAUCGACUCGUUUUCCGCGUAGUCGACGCAUAUAUUG